AUGCGCGAAAGGGCUCGACGAGAAAUUGAGCGACGAGCAGCCGCUGAAAGAGAAAGGCUAAGAAGAGAGGAGGAAGAGAAAGAAAGACUCGGUAUGUUCGAGCUGGAACGCGCUGCUGCGAACCGGAAACUGCAACGGCAAGCUGACCUGGAGAGGGAAAGGCAAAGAGAAGAGCUGGAUAAGAAAGCUUCAGAGAUAGCAGAAAUGGAAAGGAGGGCGAGCGAGCGACGUGAAAUGGAGAGGUUGGAAGAAGAGCGCAGCCUUGCCGAACUUAGAGAAAAGGAGCGCAGGAAUCAUGAAAUCAGAGAUAGGGAAAGGAAGGAGGCCGAAGAGAGAGCUGCUGCUCGCCAAAGGGAGGACAGACGUUCGCGAGACAAGCUUGAUCUGAUCGCUCGCGAACGAUCGGCAAAGGAAAGGUUUGAGCAAGAAAAGCGAAGACUUUUAGCUGAAAAAGAAGCCCUCAGUAAUAAGUAUCACCAUCUAACCUCCAGUGAGACCCUGCAAAAGUUGGCAAAGCCUUUGUAUAUAUCGCGAGAAACACUCUCUAAUCCGGAGUUCACAACAAAAAUUGAACGGCAGCUAAUUGAACGUUUGGACCGUAAUGUAUGGAUCGACGAUUUGCGCAAUCCGUCACAGCAGACAGUUUCAUCAUUGAAUUCAACAAACGAUGAAAAUGUUCGGGAUAGAUUGUACAACCCCAAUGACUUGACCAGAAAUGGCUCCGCAAGAACCAGCCGUUAUCGAGCGAAAAUGGAAAAGGCUCGCCGGGAAUUUAUCGUGGGCGGACCUGAGAUAACAGACUCAGACUCGGUUACCGAGCGUUUUCGACGAUCGCAAGAAGACAUGGCCUCACGAGUCCGUCGCGACUAUCGUGGACCACUGUUGCAGAAAUUCCACGAUAGCGAAUUCAAGUCAAAGACCGACAUAGACGGUUUCCCGUACCCGAGGGUUGAGCCGAGCCCCUACGCGCAAGAAUUCGAGCGUCUCCUGGAGGAAGCAGAACGGAAAUACACUGCUUACCGUAUGAGGAUGUCCCAGCCCAAUCUCUAUAGUAGGUCUCGAUGUUGGAGCACGAAUUAUCUUGAAACUGACGUCGAUACUGGCAAACCCGAAUUGGCGUAUGCUACCAGAGAGGUAGAAGAAACCAACCUGGAUGACGUCCACCAUCGAUCCGGUUCAGUUGUAGAUUACCAUCGUCAGAGCCGGCGUGACAAAACGGAGGAGACCACCGACACGACUCAUAUAAGGAGUCGUAGUGCUGAUUAUCUCAUGGAUAGGAGAACGCGAGAAGAGAGUGCUCCUCCCGAGAACGAAUUGCAGAAAACGAUAGGCGACUUAUCCUCAAGGACAUCACAUAUCGGCGAUCACGGCAUGCGUUUCCGGAAAUCCACAGAGAAGUUGACGGUGCCAACGUGGUACCUAGAAAACACUCGCGGCUUUACCAAAUCGGGCGAUAUGUCGCAAGGAACGGCGACGGGUAACUUGAGCAAUAAUCAAAACUUGACUGGUGCAUCGACAGGAAUCGAUCUCCCGAAAGGAUUGUUUAGUCGUUACAAGGACGAAAUUGAGGAUUUGCGGCGAUCAAGAUCUUCCCUGCAUCAACUGAAGGAGCAACGUCAGGUGACUUCUCCCGCGCAAUCGGAUGAAUUCAAUCAGCAUGCCCUACCUGGUUACACGGUAUCAGAUGUGCCAAAAGAUUGGAUUGUUGGUGAAACAUCAAAAAUGGGUCAUGUCAAAACGAACUCUCGCGUAGUGGAGGUUGCAGACACUUUCCCUGGAUUCAGCCAGAGCGAGACCAAUCUAGCACAGAAUCUUCCAGCCACUGCGACCCAGCAGGAUGGAGGAAGAAUCACCAUCGAAGAAGUGCUUGAUUCUAUCUUCCAGCAGACUUCCACCUCAACGACAGGAUAUCAAGACACAAGCGUAACGGAGCCUGACUUCCCUCGCAAAAAUGAUUCUGGCCCUGGAAUUUACACGGGAAACUACAUGCUUAUGGAACAAGUGAUCAAGCAACCUAGUAAAGCAGAAUCGUUACUCAAGUCCGAACAGUUGUUUGUGAGAUGCUCUUGUUGUCAUAAGACGCGUGAACUUAGUUUGGCCCGUCUACAGUACGUCACAUGCAAGCACUGUUAUACGUACUACUGCUCAAAAGAUUGCAGAUUGAAACAUUGGGAGAAGCACAGCAGUAGUUGCUCAUUUGCCAGGAUAAACACUUUAUGCAAGGAUGUGAUUAUGAAAGUAAGGCGUGAUCCACUAGCACAGGCAAAUAUGUCAAAAUUGGCCAGAACCUCCUAUAACUCGAGCGGUCGUGGCAGCGUUAACAUCAGACUUCCUUCACCGCAUAUUGCUCAGGCCUAUGUGAAUUAUGGUUGGGAUGCUUUAUCGUCCAUACCACCGCAGCAGCUUUUGCAUUACUACACGAUCUCAGCACUUGUUCGAGAGCAUAAGGAGCCAUCACUUAUUGCUCUCUGUCGCCGUUACGAUCCGAAAGAAAAAUUCAUACUGUCCGUAAGCAUCAUCGCCGACAUCGAGCACUGCCCUCAGACACCCCCUCCAGAAACGUUGGAUACCAAAUAUGUGCAACAAAACGGUUUUCACCAGACGCACGAGCUGCCUCCUUCCAACGCUGAUUUAUAUGGUCCCUUAACACUUGUGCCAACAGAUGUGUGAUCACUUAUGCAUAUCUAUAGAUAUUUUAUUGAAUAGUCAGUCAUAGCUUACAAAGAUAGAGUCAUCAGAGAAAAGCUUUACUUAGUGAUUGUAUUUUCGUUGAACUUACCCUUGUAAUAUCUCACAUCCAAAUGCUACCGUAUAACACUGCGAUUACCCUUAUGCAAUGCUCACUUUUGAUUUUUUUCACUUUGGCAUCUAUGUGAUAUUUAUCAAGUAAAACAGUUUAUUGCUAA